GAGCAGGAAAAGUGAAAUACUGACUAAAUGAUUUUAAAGUAAACAGUAAAGCACUUCUGUGAGUAAGUAACAGCGUCGAACAAAUACCGGAAAUGCAAGCGUACAAUGUAAAAAAAAUAAUAUAAAGGGUUUUAAUAUAUAUUUCAGAAUGACUAUAAUGUAUAUUUCAGUUACUACUUCCUGUUUCUAUCAGUAACUAUUGUUUGUUUUGUCAUUUACUAACUGCUCAAAGUGCACUGAGUUUGUCACAGUUCAAGUGGAUUUUAUGUGUUUACUCACACAGAGAAAGUUAUAUUUUACUCUAACAGCACGACACUGAGAGCUUUAGUUCUGGAUAAUUUUCAUGAAUAAUGUGUAAAGUUAUCUGUGGUCUAAAUCCACUCUCAUGGUGUCUCCUGUGUCAGUCAUGGCUUCCUCCAGCAGUGUCCUGUGUGAAGAUCAGCUCCAGUGCUCCAUCUGUCUGGAUGUGUUCACUGAUCCAGUCUCUACUCCAUGUGGACACAACUUCUGUAUGAUCUGUCUCAAAGAGUUCUGGGACAGCAGUUCACACUGCCAGUGUCCAGUGUGUAAGGAGGAAUUCCCUAAAAGACCUGAACUACGUGUAAAUACAUUCAUCUCUGGACUUGCUGCUCCGUUUAAGAAGCAAGUUCCCCUCAAACCUAAAAAGGUUCUGUGUGACUCCUGCACUGAGGAGAAGCUGGAAGCUCUAAAGUCCUGUCUGCACUGUGGCGUUUCCUACUGUAAUAUUCAUCUGAUGCUCCAUAAAACCACACCUAAACUCAUGAAGCACAAACUGAUGGAGCCUGUGGAGAACCUGGAGGACUACAUCUGCCAGAAACAUGAGAGACCCCUGGAGCUGUUCUGUAGAGAUGACCAGAUGUGUGUGUGUCAGUUCUGUACUGAGGGAGACCACAAAACUCACAACACUGUUCCUAUAGAGGUGGAAGUUAGAUCAAAGAAGACUGAGUCAUGGUUCAUGCAAGCAGAAGUACAGAAGAUGAUCCAGGACCGUCUGUGGAAAAUUGAGGAAAUCAAAAAAUCUAUAGAACUCAAUAAAAAAAUCACAGAGAAAGCAGACGGUGUGGAGAUCUUCAGUGCUCUUAUGCGCUGCAUUGAGAGAAGCCAGGCUGAGCUGCUUCAGGUGAUGGAGGAGAAGCAGAAAGCAGCAGAGAAGCAGGCUGAAGAGUUGAUUAAAGAGCUGGAGCAGGAAAUCACUGCGCUAAAGAGGAGAAACACUGAGCUGAAGCAGCUCUCACACACCGAGGAUCACCUCCACCUCCUACAGAUUUACCCGUCACUCCGAAUACCUCCACACACCCAGGACUGGACUGAUUUCAGCAUUAACCGUCAUCUGACUGUGGUGUCUCUGAUUAGAAUAAUGAUUCAGGAGAUGCUCAGUACGGAAGUAGGCAAGAUUGAUGAGAUCAAGCUAAAAGGACUUCAGCAAUAUAAAGUGGAUGUGACUCUGGAUCCUGAUACAGCAAAUCCAUUUCUUAUCCUGUCUGAUGAUAGGAAACGAGGUACAUGUGGAGACGAUCAACAGAAUCUCCCUGAUAACCCAGAGAGGUUUGAUCUUUGUCCCUGUGUGCUGGGAAAGGAGGGAUUCUCCUCAGGGAGAUUUUACUAUGAGGUGCAGGUCAGAGGAAAGACUGAGUGGUAUUUAGGAGUGGUUAGAGAGAAUGCUAAGAGAAAGGGGGAGAUAACAUCCUGUCCUGAAGAUGGAUACUGGUGUGUGUGUCUGAAGAAUGAAACAGAAUUCUCAGCCUGUGACUCUCCUGUUAUUCACAUCACCAUGAAACCGGCUCCUCAGAAGGUGGGGGUGUUUGUGGAUUAUGAGGAGGGCCUGGUCUCCUUCUAUGAUAUUGAAGCCAUGUUUCAUAUCUACUCAUUUACUGGUCAGACUUUUAUUGAGAAAAUCUAUCCAUUCUUCAGCCCCUGCAGUAAUCAUGGUAGUAAAAACUCACCACCACUGAUCAUUUGUCCUGUUAAUUAGUCUAAUAUUUGUUGAAUUGAAAUCUGUUAACAUCGUCUAGUAAAUCCAUGCCUUAAACUUUAAUUAUCUUACCUGUUUAUUAACUUUAUAAUUAUUGUGAACAUCUUUCAUAUUAAUAAAAAAUAAAAUGAAUGUUAUUUAAUGGAUUUCCAAAUCGUUUAACAAUCCUCGGUGGUGUAAAAGCAGAUCUGAAUGCAGAAUGUAUUGCUAAAUGUAUUUCUAACUGUAUUAGCUGAACGGGAUUGUUAACCAACUGAUAUGAUCCUUUUUUUUCUGUUCUUAUAUGGUCUCUGUAAGAUCAAACCUGUCCAUGUUCCUGUUCAAAAUAAACAAAACGGAUCACACA